AUUUUGAAGAAAAACGGAAAUAAAAGUGUAUAUACCUAGCGACGAUGGCAAUCUCCACCGCUUGAUUUUCAGCUCCUACCGCCGGAGUAAACUCCGUCGCCGGCGCGUUUUCCAGAAUCUGCAAUAUCACCGACCAAAGGUUAUAGAUAUGUUGAAAUCUAGGAAAGUCAGCGGUAGGGGAGAAACAACAGGAGGAGCUGCACAUUACGCGUUUGGAGCCCUAGAAGAUGACAUAAUAAUCAAACAUAGGCUUCUGACCAGAACAACAACCACACGAGGCGAACCGCCGUUAAAAAAGCUUCAAAAGAAGUUCACCUCCUUCGCUCUAGAAACCGAGAAGGACUCUGAUAACUAUGCGGAUUGCGAGAGGCUUGCCAAGGCUUUCCUGCAGGAGCUGAGGACGUUUGAGCUUCCGUUGGUGAAGACAAAGGCGGUUAUUGAUGCGAAUGUUAGGGAGAAGGAGAAUUUUAAUGAGUUGAAUGAUGAGAUUAAUAGGAAGAUAGUGGAAGCACAGGAUGAUAUUGAGGAUUUGAAGAAGCAACUUGAGGAGAGUAAGGUUGAGAGGAAGCAUAAGGAGGAGUGUGAGACGAUUAGGAAGUUGAUUGCUGCGCAGCCGCCUAGGUCCGAGACGCAGAAGCUGAUUAAUGAACUGGAGAAGGAGAUUGCAGCUUUGGAAGCCGAGAAUACUGCUAGUUCGAGGACAUUGGAGCUUCGUAAAAAGCAAUUUGCGCUUCUGUUGCAUGUGUGUAACAGUACAAGUUCAGAAGAUUACCCUUUGAUUUAAAGCAGUACAUUGAUGAUCGAUGGGAAGAUGCACAAUCAUAGUCUGUGGAAUUCUGAAUGAGGAAGAAUGAAGAUGCAGCAGGAUGUGAAGGAUGAAGUAUUAAAAUUAGGGCACCAUGAACUCUAGGGCAUCUUGCGUGCAUUUUGUAUUGCAACAUGAAUUCUAGUUAAAACUCAAACUAUGAGCUGACACGACAUGAACCUAAAACUAUAUUCGUGGGUUUGGGUAGGUUUUGGUCGAACCUGAGAACUCAUUUUGCUAAAUGGGUCAGAUUGGCCUACCUGGGUGUUUUACGGGUUGACAUGUUUAUUUCUAUAAUUUCGUAAAAAUCUAUUUGUUUUA